ACCAGUUAUGCGGCAGUGUUGGUAAAUGCUGUUGCGGCCAACAGCUGUUUUUGUCAAGCCAGCCACAAUAAUUACGUAAAUUUCGGCAGCCAACCAUGUCGCUGCUCCGCGCCAAGUACUACGACCAUCCCGAUGGAGAGGACGCCUUCGGCAAGAUAGUGGCCACCAACAAGUACGCGGUGUCCGCCGGCCUGGCCUGGUCCAUGUUCGAUGUGCUGACGCUCUCCAAGCCGCAGGGCUACCUGCCCACUUUGGGCCGCUUUGCCUACAACACCGGUCCGCUGAUGGGCAUGGCCACGGCAUUUACUCUGACCACCCUGGCGGCCACCAAUGCCCGCGGCAAGGACGACAAAAUCAACUACUUGAUCGGCGGUUUCGCAGCUGGCGGCGUCUUUGGAGCCUGGAAACACAACCACGUAGCUGGUCUCUGCGCCGGUCUCUUCCUGGGCAUCGCUGGCGUCAUCAAGAAGAUGUCCAUCGAACAGGGCUGGGAGUUCUUCCCCGACACUCCGCUCAAGCAGUACGGUGGCCUGAACAUUGCCGAAAACGACUGGACCAUCAUGGCUGAUCGCCCCAAGAACUGGACCACGGAGAAGAAGGCGUAAAGUCUAGCUAGCUAUGUUUUUAGUAUAAUGUUGAUGGUUUACUCGAUGGUAGAAGGAUUCGCCAUUUGCAACUGCGAAUAAAAGCCAAGUGAGAAGUGAUAAUGCCA